AUGGACGUGUCUGCCCCAGUGAGGCCGCCCUCCAGCUCGCGCCCUACGCAAGCCUAUUACGUGCCGCGUCGUCUAUUGGAGGGUGGUCGCGGUCCGUAUCCGGCAAACGAUGGGAAACCCUCUCAGGACAGUUUCACCAAUCCGUAUACACCGCCAAACACGACAAAGUCACGACCAAACACUGAGGUGCGUACACCGUCGAGCAAAACCGUCGUCAAAACAUACAUCGAGCCACGUCCGUUGAUGGCCGAUUUGCUGCCGAAACCCGAUUCUCUUAAGGAGAAACGUCGUGCACCUCGCUACAACCAACCGCAACCACCGGCCUCAUCGCUAGCUCCUGGCUCUCAGCGAAAAGGCCCUGCGGCUCCACCGCAACCAUUUGCUCCUCGAAUCGUCAACGGACCACGUGGUCCGCUCUCACGUCCAAAUGCCUUUUGUUCGGUGCCUUUUCCGCAGAAGGACAUCUGCAUCUGUGAUCGUCCAAAGACUCAUGUCAUCUGCAAACGAUGCGGUUACGAAUGCAUUGGACGAGUUCAACUGGUGUGCGAUGUGCAUCCGACGAUACUCUCGUUAAUGGACAUGCGAGAGUGUGCUAAUCCCAUCUGUAGGAGUAUACAGAUAUUUGAAUCGUUUCCACUAAACGACAACAACAAUGACGAUAAUGACGACAAAACCGCCGCUGCUACUACCACCACCGAAAUUCUACAGUAA